CCACCCAAAUAUCCAAGUGACAAGCACGUGAAACGACGAAUCACGUCAAUCAGGGCGGAAAAAGUUUCCUUUUCCAUUCAAUUUUCGCCCAUUCUUUGUUAUCCUCGUCUAGAGAAAAUUGGUGCUUUUCGCGCACAAUGUUGGGACCACAGUAAUGUUUUCGCUAUCAAGUCGAAUCAUGUAGUUACGCAAGGGUCAAAACUAAGAAAUUCGACUAGUCGAAAAUCGAAAGAAGAUUUUUUGCACUUUUGCAGCAGUAAAUUAGUGAUUCAAUGAAGUGCGUUGUUGGGAUCAACAUGCUCUGGGAUCCUUGUCGAUGUGUGUGUUUGUGCUGGAAGAAAAUAAUUGCCAAGUGAAAAAGUCCUGUUCUAAAAAAUGAAAACGGAGUAGAAUGGUUUGGAAAUAGCAAAAAAGCAGCAAGUGAGAAGAGCAGGUCAAGGAUUUUCCAUCUAUUUCGUCGUAUCGAAAGUUGCACCGAUAAAUAUUGAAAUAAAGGAAAUCGCGGAAGUAGAGAAAAAAUAUGUUUCUCAGCCGAGGGUGCCCUUCCAGGGCUGGCAGAAACCUACUAUUGUUGAUGUUAUACGGAAUUGCAGCCCUGUCCAACCUAGUAUGCCUCAAUGUGAAUUAUCUAAAACUAAAGCCUUCCAUCAUCCAUUUAAUUUGUCCUUCAUUCAUAUUAUAACGCGAUCCAAAUUAUACCCGUAGAAGGAUGGCCUUCAGAAGGAUGCCGUAGUGUGACGAAAACUGAUAUGUUGUAAUCCCUCCCCGCAAAUCGGCAGCGCUGGUUUGAGUGGUGGAUUGUAAUCCUAGAACCUGCCUAUUCUGUACACAGAAAGGGGAGACGCGGUGGCUGUGGUUGGUGUGAGUGGUAGUUAUAUUGGAAAAUAUGAAGUGGUGCAAACAUCAAAAUUAGAUGACGUCGGAUUCGUCCUCGUUCGUUGCGAGACAUGCCAUGCUGCCUUUCUGGGAAAGUUAGUUUUCCUGCAGCUGUUGGAGGUGGUGGUGUACGUGCGUGUAUUGGUGUUUGUCGACGCCGAAAGGCGAUAGAAAGAGUUCAAGUGAUUUCGUACGCAUCCUCAGCAGUAAAAUUGAACAACCGUGGACAAUCAUAAACCUUGUGUUAAGCCAGUUCUUGAUUUAACGAAAAGAUCCUGAUAUCCGUCAAAAUUAAUCUUCAAAUGCACAGAAAAGAUUCAGUCGUGGCGGCUCGUUUCUGCGAGGGCGGACACCGGUGUCUUCCACCAAAGGAAUGUUGCGCCCAGGGUUGCUGUUACCUGUAUGCACCACCAAGCGCCCCGCGAACGCCAACUCCGGCAACGGACCAUGUACUGAAUCUGUUUUUCAUUAACCACUGGUACUUUUGGUGCUUUUUGCUAGCAAUAGUACUAGCUUUACUCUGUGCCUGUUCCCUGUGGAAAAAACGUCGCCAGCUUUGCGGUUGGGGCUCACCGGGCCACCACUCGCAGUCGGAAGGAGAUUCAGCGGGAUCAUGCUACGCACCACCCCAAUAUAGUCGUUGCAACUCCUUUCACAUACAUGCACCACCGCCAUAUACUGAGGUCACAUCUAAGCCGGACCUCUACCCGUUAGUUUUCAGUUACGCUGGUGACACCGCGAAAGGAGGCGGCGUUGGAGGAGGUGGAGCUAACUAUUUGAUGGUACAAUACUUUCGCAACUAUAUCGUACGACCGGUAGGUUCGCUGUCAGGGACCAGUACGGUAGACUCGCUUAGUUCUAGUUUCAUUUGUACGGCCAACGAAGCGAACACGCUUGUGCCGCCCCCGUAUUCCCGUGCAGCCAGUCCAGAUUUAUCGAUCUCGAUUCGCAACUACGGCGGCAUGCCCAGGUCUGCUUCACAGCAAGCUUGUACACUGGAAGGAGCAUCUAGCGGUCAUAGACCAAAUUCUGUUCCAAACUCGAACUAUUACAGUGGACUUAUCGGAAACCAUGGAUUCGUGCUGCGACCAUCCGAAAGUGCCCAAUUCAACAACAGCGGUGGAGAAGGCAGAAUCAGUAGUAGCGGGGGUCGGGCCAGUGAGCAAUCAGGGAGCUCCGUUCAAUUGUCCGGUUCGCAGAGUGAUCACUACCGAUUUAGUGUACAUAAUAGUAACAAUAAUAAUAACAGUGUAGCCAGUGAAAUUUCAAACCCAAUAGGAUUGGUCUACGCGCAACAUCAUCCUGCCCCAACUGUAGCAUCUAGUUGCAACAAUUCAGUUGAAGGGAAUUUGGAUGAUUUGCCGAUUGCGAUCAAUGAUGACCGGCUCACCAGCAAUAAUAACAACGCAAAUAGUAGCACAACUACGCACAGAGACAGUCUGACGAAUGCCAACAUAUAUAGCUCGAGUGGUUCGAUUGGUGGAAUCUCAAUAACGAUUCCAGCCAACUCGGAGAGUGAGUAUCAAAACUUGAAUGCGCUGCGACGAAGUUUGGAAACAUGCUGUCAAAUCCUGCAACAAAAACAGGCGCAAUUUCGCACGCAUCAGCAGCCUUCCUCCGGUUUCACAGCAAACAGCGAAGAUUCGCCAAUCAACGUAGAACUUGCGAAAAAGUUCGAAGGAAUGCGCAGCUCGUACAUCGGUUCAAAUACUGGCUCUAAUGUAUCGAGUUUAGCAAACCUGGGUACUCCGGAUUCGCCACCACGUGCCACUAGCCCGACAUUGGAAGUUCGUGAGCUGCUCGAGCAAAUACGACAACUACAGAACGUGAGUACAACGAACAGCACCAGCGAAGGUGUUAUAAUUAUAAAUCCACAAGUUCAAGCCUUGGAAGCAUCUUCGAAUAUGUCGAACUGUUCAAUUAACGCUUUGAACAGCAACGGAAGCAGUACAGCCACUGCACCGCCCGCAACUGCUUCCUCUGGUCAUCUUCCGCGACGACCCUCAUCGCUCAUAAGCAAGAAAAAAUUCUUCUCUAAGGUCGCCUCCUCGCAGGGUUCAACACUUGGAGGCCAUAAAGCGAUGUACAUCCCGAUCUCAUCCAAUCAAAACUAUGGUAACGGACAGCCCUCAAGCGGUGGCCGUUCACUGUGGAGUCCUUCGUCAGCAGCGAGUGCUGCAGCGGCCGGUCUGCUUGGUCGCAGUCGGGUUCGCUGCAGUUGGAUCUCAAAAUCGGCACCGACUACGCCGGGAACAGCCCUUCCACCUACCGGAGGACUUAGCGGCAGCGGUGGAGGACCGAUUGGCGACCACAGUCCACUGCUACUGAACGAACAGGACGAAGAUGGCGAGCAGAACGUGUAGAGUUAUGGUGGAAGGGUAUGAGCCACGGCCUUCGGCAUUAGAAAGCUUUUUGUUAUUUUGUUUCAGUUAUUAGAAAUGAAUGUGUCAAAAUUACUAAUAAUCGUAGAAAACCUGACAAUCAGUUCGCUGAAACAUCAAAAGAUUGCAUUGGUAAAAAAAAUCCUGUAAUGUUGGUGGCUGGUAAGGAUAGACUGAAGAUAGACAGACGAUUCGCUUGAUUUGGAAAUGGAAAUUACUUUGAGCGUCAGAGCGACUACAAUUACCAACUUGUCGAAAGCCUAUAGCUGCGAACUGCGAAAGUCCCAUCAUAAAACAAAAUACAGUCUUCUGAAAACUACCAACUGAAGCUACCAGUUUCGCUAGUAAAAACAUUCAAUAGCGUCCUUCAUAAUCACCGAUACAUUUUGUGUCGAGGGUUUUGUUUUGAGUAUUCGGCUUGGAUUCUUUCAAAAAACUCAUAGCUUGUACAUCACUCUCACUGGCAUCGUUUUUUGAGUAAAAUCAUACGAUAAGAGAGAGCACUUGAGCGUCUUAUCUGGGACGUCCCGAGAUGCAUUUUCCCGGUAAAUUUCAAUUUGGCGGCAUCCAUAAAGUACGUCACGCAUAAAUGGGGGAUGUAGGGUUAAGAAAAUCGAUUUGUGACAUAGGGGAGAGGGGGGCAUAACGUUGCGUGACGUCACAUCAAAAAUAUUUAAAAAUUUAAAAAAAACUGGAAAUUUGUUAAGUUUACCUCCCUUUUACUCACAACCUAUUGAUUAAUAAUCAAUAUCAAAACUAAUUAGACAAAAACAAUAACAGCAAAGAAAAUUCUUCCAAAACUGGUUACAUCUAGGCAUCAGCAGAUAGUCCUGAUCCCCCGAAUGGGGCUGACGCAGUGUUGCCACAUUUUCAUUUGUACUGGGAACUGCAAAAAUCCUGUUCAUUUGUACUACUGCCGACAAAAAUCUGUUCCAUUGGAACAUAGUUGUUAGUUUUGUAAACUUAUGAAAUAACAACUUCAACGAAGUUUUUUUCAUUGUUUUGAGAAAACUGAACUACCAGCUCGCCUGUCAAUGAAACUUUUCGGUUGCGAAGUCGUGUUCAUUGUAUCGUUACUGAGUCUUUUACAAAGUUUAAUCUAUUCUUUUCAAGCCAUUUAAAAAAUCUGUACUUAUUUGUACUCUUUCACAAAAAUUUGCAAAUUGUGCAGUUCAUAAUCUGUACCAAAACACGAAAAAAUCUGUACCUAAUCAGGAAAAAAUGUACAAUUGGCAACAAUGGUCUGAAAAGCUCAAGUUGAUGCAUGAAAAUACAUGGAUAUUAAAGAUAUUCGAUUACAGCAUGUGCGAGAUGUUUUCUUUUUUUUAAAUUUUUCUUGGGACAUUAGUAAAGUACUCCGAUUCAUAAUUUGAGCACACGUUUAUUUGAUACCAACUUCGCAGCAAACUGUGAUAACGUACAAGACAAUUGCGUGGCCAGUGCUACGAUUCUACUGGCACUAACAGUUUCUCUCGAGCCGGGAUUGCAACUUACAACGACUGACUUGUUAGGUCAGUAUCGAACCUUGAGACCUACCGGCAGGCACUAUGAGGCAGGACAUCCACGGUUCAUUUUCUUUAAUGGGGGAGGGGAGUUGCUGUGACGUGACGUACUUCUCCUGGGGGGUUUAUCAAUGUGUGACAAAAUGUGACAAGUGGGGAGGGAGAGUAAAAUUUUAUCAAAAUUUGCGAGACGUACUUAAUGGAUGUCGUCUGGGGAUUCCCGAUUCCCAGUAGUUUUUCAUUCAAAUCCCAGGAUCCCAGAAAAUAUUUUCUGCAAUGAAAAUUAUUGGUAAAUUGAGGUAAAAUUUUGAACUCUUUCGAAACACUUCUGGACAUUGCUGAGCAAGAUUGCAUAGCCAUUUGCAAACUCGGCCCUGAACAGAAUAAAUCAUCUUUUGCACCCUUCAUCUAUGAAUAUGCUCCUAAGAGUGCCAAUGGAAUGUGUGGGAAAAUUUUGAAACCUUUGGCGCUGUUGGAUUACUGCACAGGAAGUAGUUAAUGAAAUUGUCGAAUUCGAAGCCUUGUUUUUUGAUGACAAAUGUCAGUUUGCUCUGCUGUGAAACUUUUUUUUUACAAAAGCGACAGUUAUCAGUGAAUUUUUAGACAAAAUGUCGGCUUUGCCUCACUAAGCCAGUUAAAUUUUGAGAAACUCAAGUCAAGACAUUGUUUUUUCAAUUUGUUUUCCCGUUUAAAGGACUUUUUCAAAAUCCCAGUUCCACAUCUCUGUAUGCAUGUAAACAUUAGCAGCAAAUACAGACGGAUGCGCAAAUACAGAACAGAUGCGCAAAGAGUGAGGUCAAAAACUCCAAGUGAAUCGUCAAACCGAGGCUCUAAGUGUGCAACGUAAACAAACUCACGCGUGUUACUUUUCGUACAGAAUAUGUGUUGCAAUCAGUAUUCAACGAAAGAUGUGUUUGUCAUAUUAGUAUUAUGAGUGAUGCAUUGAAAAUAGAAAAUUCAUAUGUACAUGAUGUACAAGCUUUGAAACUCAGUAAUCUAUCGAGUUUUUCGAAAUUUAGUUACACUUUCUAGUGCGUACGAAAAGUCAUGCGAAAUUAGAUCUGAUCUGGUUGAAUUAUUCAAAAUAGAACAUUAGCAAAGGGUUGCCAAAUUUACUGCUUUUCUCUUUGCGUAUCUCUAUAUAUGACAGUCUCUAGUAACAAACAGCGUAAUCAGCUGCUGGCUCCAAGAAAGACUUUGACCAAAAGACCAACAACUCGCGAAAUUAUAAGUCACUAUUUGUUAUCUGUUUACAAAAAAAGCUUAACGACUGAGUAACAUCUAAACAAACAAUGUAAUGGCCAAACAAGAUACCUUUUUACCAAUGCAUUGCACCAAUUCCACUAUUGCUUCUGCAUCACUAAACGCAGCGUUACGUGAAUCAGUGAUCUACUGUGUAUGUAACUUGCAGCUUUACAACAGAUUGUACCAUGGUGUGUGGAAAAUGGUGUAAUAAGACGUCCAACACGGGAAAAUAUCGUUUCAAGGUAUUUAAUCCGUACUUUCAACUUUUUUGUUAUCGAUUCUCAUACAUCGAGAAGCGAUUACACAACACUCAAUCUAAAAUAAGAUCUAAAAACAAACACACGAAGAUCAAUCAACAUUAUUUUGUUAUACCAUUUUCUAUACACCAUGCGAUUGUCUGCUCAGAGCAAUAAAUUUUAUUUGACAUCAAAGCUGACAUUUGGUACUGACAGGCUUCCGAGCGCUGACACCCAAUAAACAUCACAAACCUUUUUUUAUGAUUCUAAGCCCUCAGUUUUCUACGCCGAUAAAAUCAAUUACUAUUGUUUUGUUAACAGAUGCAAUGCUAGACUAAAGCUAGUAUUACACUCUGUGACCAAUGGUCAAAUUUUUGACCUUUCGACAUAAUGGUCAAAUUUAUUUGACAUAAUGAUUGUUGUUUGCCCGUGUUUGCCCCAUGUAUAAAUUGGAGAGUGACAAACAAUUCUUUGACCAAAUUUUUAUCUGUCAAAAAGUGACAAAUAUUUGACGCUUGGUCAAAGAGUGUAUUAUAGCCUCAAGAGUGUAAUAUUGGAAAUGUGCGAUGAUUUUUUACCCGGUGAGUGAAAUGAAACUCGCCAUAAAAAGCAUCUAUAUUCCAGUUUAAUUCGAACAUAAGUCAAGUACCGAAAGCAAACACCGUAACAUUGGGUUUCACAUGAAGGAACAUAAAUUUCAAACGACGAAAAGUUGACCUUGUCUCAGCGGCCAUCACCAGCGGCAUCGUAAGAAAUUAGCGCAUGGCGUGAACAAAUGACAUACUUGAGACAUUCUCUUGAACAAUAUCAAAAACCUCACGAUUGAAUUUCGCUCAGGGUGAUUUCUGGAGAUAUUGCACUGUAUGGCGUUUGUAUCAGCGUUACGGAAGUUUGACAGCGGCAAAUGCUGCUUUUUACUUGCUAAGAUAUGACCAAAAACAACAUAUCAAGAAGACUGGGAACUCUGCCUGAGAUUGAGCGACAGUUUUGACAGCGCAGUCUUUCGAGUAAAAGUGGAACUGACGCAUGGUAGUGUGUGUGCUGGCGAUGCGAAUGCAAGCCGAACGCACAGGUUGGACCACCACAUGCGCCCACUCUGUCUUCGCAGCGAUGCAAACUUUUACCUUUAACAGAUGGAGUGCGCUGUUUGAUUUGACGCUUGUCAUUUGUAUGGGAUCGAUCCAGAGAUGCCAGCCUUCUUGAUAUGAUGUUUUUGGAUAUGACUAAGAGCAAAAUACACAAGCAAACCGAACUACAAUAGUCAACCGAACAAUAGUCCGAAAUUAGUCGACAAACAUUUGUGCUUUGUAAAUAAAUACUGAUACUAAUAUAACGAAUGUUUACCAAUAGCAUUGAACUUGAUAGUUACUAGAUUCCAUUCGCCUACUUAUCGACACACUCGUAAAGCUGCUUAUAAUACUGAAACCUAACAAAACGCAAUAGAGCAAUGAAUACCAAAGGAACACAAUCACACCGUUACUGAAAUACAACCUCGUUUCGCAGAAAGUGAGUAUAAACGGAAAGUAAAUUGAAUGAACAUGCCUUCUCUAAUAAACAGUAACUAAAGUUUAGAAUUAAACACAGAAAAAUCACGAUAGAUAAUUGGUUUAUACCGGGGCUAGUACGAAACAUUGUGUGUAUGUAAAUUGGUUGAAGUGAAAUCAAAUCUGGCUGGAAACUUAAACAAAAACAGAUAAACCACAAAAAAUUGAAAACGACACAAUAGUUUUGAUGUUGUAGUUAGAUGUACAAAACCGUACGCAUACACAUAGGCAAACGCAAAGCCAACUCUGAUAUACUUUACUACUUCUCUAUAUAGUUAGUUUAAUAUUUCGAACAACAAGGAAAAAAUACACAUCAUACGCGAUGAGCAAGUGUUUCAAGUUACCAUAUAUUUUUGAUUUUGAGGAAAUCUAUUAGUCAAAUUCAUUUUUUGUAGUAAUUCAUCCCAUGUGCUUUCUAUCUUCCUGUCGUGUACAGUUCAGUAGAGUGCUUACUAAUUCGAGUAGGUAUAGAUGUAUUUUCAUUUUCAAUAGGUUCUUCGCGUGUGGUAAAAUUUACGGUUUGAAAAAAAAGAAAUAAAUUGAAUACACGAAACAUCUGCAAGUGCAAUACGGAACCUCCUGGGUGAUAUUUUUCCCUAGUAUUAUUAUAUGAUAUCGAAACGUUAGCAACACGACCAAAAUGCGAAUCUAAAUUCGGAGCUAACCCGAGUUAAGUGCAGGAUCAAAACUACAGUUCCUGAUCAUUCAAAUCAAAAAAGGCUUUUUUGUUAAUACAACUUUCAGCUUUAUUUAACGAGAGGAUGAUCGAUUCGAAGCACUCAGAUUACUUUAUUUGGCCGAAUUAAAUAAGAAACGGUAUAUGCCGGUGCUGAUAACAAAUUACCUGCGAAGUUUGUGUACUAAGUGUAAACUCAAUAUUAUCGCACAGCUAAUGAUUAAAUAAAUGAUAUUCGAGAAACAAUGGAAGUCUACCACUUAACGGUUGCUUUGUUAACGUGUGUUAAAACUGUCAAAACUUUAUUUACAAGGUCUCGAACAUUGAUCAGCGGGGCAUUCAACCCCGAAUCACUCAGCUGUUGAAAACACCCUCUCAAACUCUAGUGGAAAUUGAGCAACUUUGCAUACUUUCAAACUUCAAAAAUAAUGUUUACUAAUAAAUAACUUAUUUGAAAACUGGUUUUAUCCAGUGUCCGAAACACCGUAGACAAACUUGGGCAUAUACCGUUGCUCUCUGUGUACCAACAAGUUAUUAGAGAACCAAUAUCCGUGCUUGUUAUCUGACUUAGUCAAAAGCACAAAGAUAGCCACAGUACACCUUACCUAGAAGAUGCGGGCUGUGCGUCAGUUUAUUUUUAACAUAAUAACUUUUUGGACAAACCAGACUUUUGAAAUUUAAGUUAAAAAUUGUUUAAGAGUUUAGUAUAAUCAAUUGAACAAAAAUUGCAAUUCAACAAUCUAAAGAAAAAUUUAUAGCUUGACAAAUAUUGUCAAGUUUUCAUUCUUUUGUUCAAUAUGGUUAAUGAGGGCUAAAAUUGACUUCUCUGGUUGGAGUUAUCAUAUUGUCGGUAUCUUGAUCGAUACGAAAAAAAUAUUUUUCGAUGUUUCGAUUUCGAUAUCAUCUCAUUAGUUGAGAAAACUACUUCCCAAAAAAUGGUUUCAACAACAACAACAAAAAACUCGCAAUAAGUGGUAAGAUGGUUUAUUAAGUAUAUGAAAUCGCAAUUUUGUUUUAUAAAAAAAACACACACAGAUGAGAUCGAAUCUAUCCAAAAAUUUAGGACAAUAGCAAAGCCUUGAAAUUAGAUUCGCAUUCCAAAAACAUUCGCGCACAUAAUUUCACCAGCAAAGCAACCAAAGUUUGAUGUUUAUAUUAAACAAAAAAAAAUUGAGGAUUAAAUAAAAUUCUUUGAAACGAAA